CGCCAACAGUUGUCAGAGGUACGAGUACGAGUCACAGCAGGCGAUCCUGACCGCAGUAUUAUUACUCCCAGGACUAGCGUGCCGCACCCUCCAACUUCCUUGUCCGGCAAGAUUUCCUCACAAACCGAUCAACCCAGCAAGCAUUCCGCGUGCGCGCAUUCCGGACUUCGAUUAGCCUGUUUCACUGGCAAUAACACCCGACUCAAGCAGCGGCAACCUCGUCGCAUGGUUUGCCGAUCGUGCUUCCUCUCCACCUCUCGUCCCAUCUGGUAUAUACCUACCUCCGACCUGACCUGACCAUCUCGAGCCCGGAAUCUGGACUUCUGCAGGCUCCUACUACCUCCACGGCUGAUCUAGAGCAAACAUGUUCUUCAAAGGCACCCUUACAGCGCUAUGCGCUGCCACAUAUACUCUCGCUGCCCCUAGCGUGAACAAACGAGCGUCCGGCUUUGAUUGGGGCAACGAGAAAGUGCGAGGACUCAAUAUUGGCGGCUGGCUGCUUCUAGAACCAUGGAUAACACCAUCGAUCUUCGAGAAUGUCGAUCCCGACGGCUCCAAGGGCAUCGUUGACGAGUACACAUUGACUAAGACCCUCGGCGCAGACCAAGCCUAUAAUCAGUACCUGAAGAGCCAUUGGGAGACAUGGUGUACAUGGGCGGAUUUCAAGAAGAUUGCCGAUUCCGGUUUCAAUAUGGUCCGGAUACCAAUUGGCUUCUGGGCAUACGAUAACUCGAACACUCCUUACGCCUCUGGUGCAGCACCCUUCCUGGAUGCCGCCAUCGAUUGGGCGCGCUCCACUGGUCUCAAGGUUCUCAUCGAUCUACACGGUGCCCCAGGCUCUCAGAACGGCUUCGACAAUUCCGGCCAAAAGAUGGAUAAGCCUACGUGGACCCAAGGAGACACCGUCGCAAAGACCCUUAGCGUGCUGAACACGAUCCAGUCCAAGUACGGCUCCGGGCAAUACGAUGAUGUGGUCGCUGGUAUUCAGCUUCUCAAUGAGCCUCUCACACCGAGCUUGGACCUCAAUACCGUGCGGCAAUUCUACUACGAUGGAUACUACCAACAGCGAGAUUACAGCAGUUCUCGUACGGUGGUCUUACAUGAUGGCUUCCAAACCACAAACUACUGGAAUGGUAUGCUCACACCCAGUGAUAACAAUGCGCAGCAGGUGGUCAUGGACCAUCAUGAAUAUCAAGUAUUCACACCGGAAUUGAACGCCAUGAGUCCUGCCCAGCACAGGGACUACGUCUGCAAGAACGCUCCCGCGUGGAAUGGCGCCGACAAGUGGACCAUUGUCGGCGAAUGGAGUGGCGCAAUGACGGAUUGUGCCAAGUACCUCAACGGCUACAGGAUCGGUGCCAGGUAUGAUGGUACCUUUCAGGGUUCGUACUACAUUGGAUCUUGCAACAACCAGGACAUGAAUGCUUGGAGCCAGCAGCAACGGGAUGAUACCCGAUCAUAUAUCCAGGCACAGCUCGCAGCUUACGAAAAGUACGCCCACGGUUGGAUAUUCUGGAACUUCAAGACCCAGGGCUCUCCCGAAUGGGAUGCCCUCGCUCUGGUCGACGCCGGGCUCUUCCCGACACCUGGAACAGACCUGGGAUCUGCUUGCCCAUAGAAUGUGACAGCUACGAUAUGCGGAGGCUACAACAUGACCAGUCUGCACAAUAUCACCAGUCUGCAGAACAUAAUUCACUUGCCUAAUGUAACGAGUCUGGUCAAUACGACCAUUUUAACGAACUCCACUUGCCUCGACAGCAGAACGACAGCCUUGGGGCAUGGAUGAUGAGUUGCGGAAUCCCACGCUGUGUAACCAGUCGUUCACGCGCUUCUUCGAGCGCCGUGGGGUCCAGCAUGACCAAAAAUGAACAGAGUACUCGGACGGAACAGCGCCGAGACUCGUCAUCUUCUCACUGUACAUACGAAUCUAU